AUGGAACUUAGAAUUCAAGAACUCACUAAUCUAAUUAAAAACAAAAAACACAAAAUAGUUGAUGAUUUUUUAAAUAUUCUCCCUGAAAAGAAACUAAUUCAGCAAUUAAUUACUACUUAUUUAGAAUUUAAAAAAGCGGAAAAACAAAGAAUCCCUUCACGAAAAUUAAAAAAAGAAUUUCAGAAAAUUGAGUAUGAGCUAGAAGACAAAUUAGGAGAAGGGUUCAUGGAAAAUAUACAACUAAUUCUUAAAGAUUGUGAAGAAUUAGUAGUAUGGGAAACAGAACUAGAAGAAAGACUAAAUGCUAAAACUUUGUUGAUUGAAGAACGAGAGAAAACUUUACAAAUAAUCAGCGGUAAUGAUAAAGAAAAUAUUGUAAAAGAACUUCACAACGAGUUGAAAUCUAAGAAAGAGGAAUUAAAAGUAGUAAGAAAAUUAAUUAAUGAUGCAAUUACUACACCCAGUAGUCAAGCCAAAAUCUCUGAGAUCAACGCUAGUUCUAAUAACUGUAAUAAUGAGAUAGGG